CCCCCCGCGGCUGCGCGCUGCGCGAAGCGGUGACAUCACCAGGCGGGGAGGAGCGCGCGGCUCCGUGCCAGGCUCAGCCGGGGCUCCUCGGCGGCCGCGGCCAUGACGCAGGGUCCGGGUGGCCGCGCGGCCCCCGAGCCCGAGGCGCCCACCACCUUCUGCGCGCUGUUGCCGCGCAUGCCGCAGUGGAAGUUCGCGGCACCCGGCGGCUUCCUGGGUCGCGGUCCGGCGGCGGCGGCGCGCGCGGCGGGAGCGGCCGAGGCGCAGCCCGAGCCAGGGGUCCCCGCGCUGACCGCCGUGCUGGGCGCCUGCGAACCGCGCUGCGCCGCGCCCUGCCCGCUGCCCGCGCUCGGCCGCUGCCGCGGUUCGGGAACGCGGUGCACACGGGGGACCCCAGACGUCGCCGAUGAGUGGGCACGCAAGGGCGGCUUCAUCCACAAGCCGGCUCACGGCUGGCUGCACCCCGACGCCAGGGUCCUGGGGCCCGGGGUCUCUUACAUCGUGCGGUACAUGGGCUGUAUUGAGGUGCUCCGGUCCAUGCGCUCUCUGGAUUUCAACACCCGAACGCAGGUGACGAGGGAAGCCAUCAACCGGCUCCAUGAGGCUGUGCCUGGUGUUCGCGGCUCCUGGAAGAAGAAGGCCCCAAACAAGGCGCUGGCUUCCAUCCUGGGGAAGAGCAACCUGCGUUUCGCUGGCAUGAGCAUCUCCAUCAACAUCUCUGUGGAUGGCCUCAAUCUGUCUGUUCCUGCUACCCGCCAGAUCAUUGCCAACCAUCAUAUGCAAUCCAUUUCCUUCGCUUCGGGUGGAGACACGGACAUGACUGAUUACGUGGCCUAUGUGGCCAAGGACCCCAUCAACCAGAGAGCCUGCCACAUCUUGGAGUGCUGUGAGGGUCUAGCUCAGAGCAUCAUCAGCACUGUAGGCCAAGCCUUCGAGCUGCGCUUCAAGCAAUACCUGCACAGUCCCCCCAAGGCCAUAGUGCCCCCCGAAAGGCUGACAGGGCUGGAGGAGUCGGCCUGGGGUGACAACGACGAGGCCAUGGACCACAAUUACUAUAACAGCAUUCCAGGGAAGGAACCACCCCUGGGUGGGCUGGUGGACUCCAGACUGGCUGUCACACAGCCGUGUGCCCUGGCGACACUUGGAGGCCUUGGACAGGGAAUGUCACCUGCACGGAGAGAUGCCCGGGGCUUGCCAUGGGACAUGGGUCCUUCCGGAACAGCCCCACCUGGGGAUGGCUACGUGCAGGCAGAUGCUCGAGGGCCACAUGACUACGAGGAGCACCUGUACGUCAACACCCAGGGCCUGGACGCUAUGGAGUCCGAGGACAUGUUCGAGGCCCCUUUGCUGCCCGAGGACAGCCCCAAGAAGGACCUGUUUGACAUGCGACCCUUUGAGGAUGCCCUGAAGUUGCACGAGUGCACAGUCGCAACAGGCAUCACUGCAGCCCCGUUCCCUCUGGAGGACCAGUGGCCCAGUCCCCCUACCCGCAGGGCCCCCAUUGCACCCACAGAGGAGCAAUUGAGGCAGGAGCCCUGGUACCAUGGACGCAUGAGCCGUCGGGCUGCGGAGAAGCUGCUUCGUGCCGAUGGGGACUUCCUUGUGAGAGACAGCAUCACCAACCCGGGGCAGUAUGUCCUCACAGGCAUGCACGCAGGGCAGCCCAAACAUCUGCUGCUGGUGGACCCCGAGGGUGUGGUGCGGACGAAGGACGUGCUGUUUGAGAGCAUCAGCCACCUCAUAGACUACCACCUGAAGAACGGGUUGCCCAUUGUGGCUGCCGAGAGUGAGUUGCACCUUCGGGGAGUGGUCUCCCGGGAGCCGUGAACCAGGUGAUGGUUCUCAACACAGCUUCUACCCCCAGAGGCCCUUGCAGUGGCUUUGAGGGCACAGCCCUUUUCUCGGACCCUGAAACCACCAGAAACAGAAUGGCUGUCAUUUCUUCUUCCGCAUGAGCCUCAGGAAGCCGCCUUUCCCCAGCUGCGCUCGGCUGGCUGGGCCAGUGAGAUAGAGUUAGGGUUCAAACCCCUGGUCCUGCCUGAGCCCCCAUUCUGAACGUGGGUGGGGUUGUAUAAACCAAAGACUGACCGAGUCGCCUUUAACAGACACCCCAAUGGCAGGCCCUGUGCCUUUGGUCCCUAGUGGGGCAGAGUUAUCAGGCUGUGUCUAUGAGUGACAUGCAUACCUCUGUGUGUGCCCUGACUGGCUCUGAGGACCCGGAUGCAUUGUUGCCUUUGGGGGGAUCAAGGUGCUUUUGAGUCUCAAACCCCUGGUGGGGGAGCAGCCUUGGGGCUCGCCUGGAAUGGUAGGACAUCCAGGUGAGUUAGAGGCCGAGGAGCCUCACUGAAGUAUGGUAUCCAGUCAGCUCUUCCAACUGUCACCUCCCCGGACCUUCAGCUGUAAUUAAACAGUGUUGAACAUGUGCCGCCGCGUCUGUGUGCACCUGCCAGGGCUCCCGGGGGGGAAACUGAGGCCGAGCAGGAAGCUGUGCGGAGUCCUGGGGCGGGAGCACCCUACCCCACCCCAUUCCCCAACUCUCAACAGGCCUCCGGUUUUAUUCCAAGAUAA